UUAGGAUUACGAGAAUUUACGGAAACAUUUUAAAUUAACGAAGCAAGGGUUAACUAAUUGGUAGGCGGAGCUAUAAUUAUUAUGGCUGUGCAGCAGUUCAUUUCAUAGUUCUUUUGUUUUCUUUUGCUUUACAACAAAUGGCUGGUGUUCCUGUUGAUAUUGAUAAGCCCCUUUGGGACCAGAGGACCUUUUAUGGUCGUUUCCAGCACUUCCUCAGAAUCACCAAUCCUUUGCUAUCUCUCAAAUCAGAGCAAGAGCUAGAAAAAGCUGCAGAUCUGGUGAAAGUUGCAAGAUCUACAGGUUUGGUACCAAAUGGAGUGAGUCUGGAUGAACUGCAAACCGCUAAGGUCCUGUAUGAUUCCGCUUAUCACCCUGAUAGCGGAGAGAGAAUGAAUCUGAUCGGUCGGAUGUCAUUUCAAGUCCCAGGAGGCAUGGUUAUAUUAGGAUCUAUGCUUGUAUAUUAUCGUACUACGCUGCAGGUGUUUAUGGUUCAAUGGGUUAAUCAGUCAUUUAAUGCACUGGUCAAUUAUACUAAUAGAAAUGUCAAUAGUUCAAUUACUAACAGACAAAUAGGUGUGGCUUAUGCAGGAGCAACCACUGGAGCUGUUGGUGUUUCAGUUUUACUAAAUUCACUUGUGAAAAGGGCCCCUCCUCUGGUUGCUAGGUGGGUUCCUUUUGUUGCCGUGGCUGCAGCAAAUUGCAUCAAUAUUCCGACAAUGAGACAGAGGGAGUUAGUGGAGGGAGUCGGUCUUAGCAGAAACGAUUUUACUGGAAAAAGAGAAGAGGAUGAACUUGGAAGAUCAAGAGUAGCAGCUGUCAAAGGAAUCAGCCAAGUAACCUUUUCACGGAUUUUUAUGACAAUACCAACACUGCUAAUGUUGCCAGUACUAUCUACAAGGCUAGAAAGAAGAUAUCCUUUAUUAAUGAGGAACAAUAUAGCAGCUGCAGGGUUACAGACAUUGUUCUGUGGAAUAUUGCUCUGCUUUGCCGUACCGGUCGGAUGUGCUCUAUUUCCACAGAGAAGUUCUAUAAGUUAUGAUUGGCUUGAAAAAGAAGCACAGCUGCAGAUCAAAAACAACACGGAUUCUGUACCAAAGAUAUUGUACUUCAAUAAAGGAUUGUAAUAUAAUGAGGAUAUUAAUAAUGAGCGAACAGAGUGUAACACAAUGAUGAAUUAUGAAUACGAAAUGCACUACAAAUCAGUUACAAAUCAACAAUGAAACUGAA